ACUCUGCUCCUCUCUUCACCACCUGUUAGUUAGUCUCCCUCUCCUCUCUGCGCUGGAAUCCCCUCUUUUUUUAUGAGGAGUUUCACUCUUGUGCUAUCACUGAGCCCUAUGACUGUGCGAAAAGGAAAAAGUCUAGCCAUCUCCAUCCAGGAGCACAUGGCCAUCGAUGUCUGUCCGGGCCCCAUCCGCCCAAUCAGACAGAUAUCUGCUUACUUCCCUCGCCUCUCACCCACUUCUUCCUUUGCCGAGCCACUUUCGCCAAAUCAGGCAGCAGCUCCUGGCUUGCUCAGCCCCGGCCACGCAGGUCAAGAUGGAGGGGCCAGUGGAAGAGGAGGAGGAGGGAGCAGUGGCCUGUUGUCCCCACUGUUACCAGGGGGAGCUGGCGGAGGGGGCUCGCUAUCAGCCAUGAGCAGCAUGGACACCUCCAUUGAGAUUGACAGCUGUGACAGUGAUGAUAACACCUCCCUGGGGACUUUGGAGUUUGAUCUUCUGUAUGAGAGAGCCACCAGCUCCUUACACUGCACAGUCCUGAAAGCCAAGGGUCUGAAACCGAUGGAUUUCAAUGGAUUGGCUGAUCCUUACGUCAAGCUGCACCUUCUACCUGGAGCUUGCAAGGCCAACAAACUGAAAACCAAGACUGUUCGCAACACACUGAACCCUGUGUGGAACGAGACCCUCACCUACUGUGGGAUCACAGAGGAGGACAUGUACCGCAAAACACUCCGAGUGUCUGUGUGUGAUGAGGACAAGCUGACACAUAACGAGUUCAUCGGGGAGUCGAGGGUGGCCCUGCGCCGUGUGAAGCCAGACCAGACCAAACACUUCAACAUCUGUCUGGAGCACCCGCCUCCUCUGCCAUCGCCCACCGCCAUGAGCACGGCGCUGAGAGGAAUCUCCUGUUACCUGAGAGAGUGGGAGACGGAGCAGCAGAGGAGUCUAGAGGAGAGAGGCCGUUUGCUGCUUUGCCUGCAGUACCUGCCUCCAGCCAGUGAUGGCGACGUGACGGCUGAGCCCAAGGACAAGGCUCGUGGCGGGCUGUGUGUGGGCGUCAAACGCUGCGCCCACCUGGCAGCUAUGGAUGUCAAUGGCUUCUCAGACCCCUACGUUAAAACGUACCUCAAGCCUGAUGUUCACAAGAAAUCCAAGCACAAAACAGCGGUCAUUAAAAAGACUCUCAACCCAGAGUUUAAUGAGGAGUUCUUCUACGAGAUCUCUUUCUCGGAAUUAGCUACCAAGACACUGGAGGUCACAGUGUGGGACUACGAUCUGGGAAAGUCCAACGACUUCAUAGGUGGUGUGUCACUGGGUUGCCAUUCGCAGGGCGAGACCCUGCAGCACUGGAUAGACUGUCUGAAAAACAAGGGCAUGAAGGUGGAGCGCUGGCACACGCUGACCAACGAGCUGCCCGGCUCCACCCAGCAGGAGUGAAGCCUCCCCUCCACCACACUGAGCCUGGUGUGGAGACCGACGACGAGACGUGUCAGUGCAUGCUCCGAGGACUUUCUGCAUGAAUAUGACCGAGUCAUGUCCUUCUUACUUUGUGUCAUAAAUGAGUUCUUACUUCACAACAUCAUAACCAAGUGGUCUCCUAUUCAGAGAUCUACACUCUGUUCUUGGACCUGAUUCAAAUCUGCGGGAACCAUCACCACAAAGCUAUGACUGGAAGAAUUUUCAUAAUCAUAUUCAUAGGGAUCAUGUCCCUUUGGUGCAUUUUCAUGUUUAUGUAAAUGCUCCUCUGCACUGCUCCAGAGCGGUCAGGAGAAUGACCGAGAAGAAAAUGGUCAGGUUUGCUUCAUUUGAUUAAAUGUGCCCUGUUCUUUUCAUUAACUGCUGGCAUUUAAAUAAUGACCACAGUGGACAUACCUCUCCCUUGCAAUAAUGUUUUGCCUAAUGCUUCCGAAGAUUUCCAAGUGGUCUUACUACUUUCACAUGUUUUGUAUCCAUUGAUCUGACUGGGACAGCACAGCCUAAUAAGACCACUGGUUCUUCCACGUCGGUGGUUUUGUGUCAGUGACUUGCAUGUUUGUUGUCGAUGGAGCAAAUUAAAAAGACACAUUUGUGCCACAUUCUGCCACAGGA